AUGAAAUCAACUCCAAGCAAACUCAAGAGUCGGUUUAGCCAAUUUACCUAUUGUCUCCUGUGGCCCUCGAUUACUCUUCCGUUCGCCGACGACACUCCCGGCCUGCUCGCACAAGGACAGGAGGAUCUGAAAAGGGGCUGUACGAAAACUCAAUGCGCAGCAACGCACGAUGACUUGCUGGGCGCAUUUAGUCGAGGUUGUCGGGGUGCGCCUGACUUCGACGGGACUCGACACGUUACCGUUCAUGGUUCGAGGCGGCUAAACAAGCACGAACAGGGGCUCGUCUUAGCCCGCGGUUGCUGCUCGAGGGUCCGUUACUCGAGGACACACGGCUGA